CGUGUGUUGCGCCUGGCUCCUCUUAGGUGAGGCGAGAGGCUUCGCCCGAGAAGGUCACCCCGGAGGGACUUUUUCCCCCGCUCGGACAGCCCCGCGAUGGGAGGCCGCUGGGCGCUCGGACUGGCUUGGCUGGCGCUCCUGAGCGCAUCAACAGGUGGUGCCCCUUCCAUUUCCCCAUCGAGAUCUACUUUGGUUGUGAACAGCAGGCAAGAAUUUAAGCUGACCUGUACCGACGAUGGCCCUGUGUCCUGGGUCUUCAACAGUGCUGACCCCUUCGGGAAGUUAAAGAAUUUCAAAACCAACGAAGUGCAUGUUACCCAGGCAAGACCAGCAGACACGGGAACCUAUCAGUGCAAUGGCCGGAGAAACUCCAACAGCUCCAUUUAUGUUUUCGUUAAAGAUCCAGAGGUUCUGUUCUUUCACAGACCCACAGUCUUUGGAAGGGAGGACAGCGAUGCGCUCAUUGCCUGCCCGGUGACAGAUCCAGAUGUUUCCAAUUUCACUUUGAAAAGAUGUCAUCACAAACCCCUGCCUGAGAAUAUGACCUUAGUUCCUGAUCCUCGGAAGGGAAUCACCAUAAAAAACGUACAGAGGUCAUUUCUAGGCUGUUACUGGUGUGUGGCGCAACAAGAUGGCGUUGAGAAAAAAUCAAAAGAUAUAACACUUAUGGUGAGAGCAGUUCACAAGUCCUUACCAUCCAUCACCUUGUCCAAAACUAUGCAGCUUCUCAAAGAAGGUGAAGAAUUUGAAGUUACAUGUACAAUCAAGGAUAUAGAUAGCUCUCUUAAAGCUAAUUGGAUUUUUCAAGGCAAUGCGAGCUUCUCCAGCAACAGCAAGAAUGUGCGUGAUUAUGAAUAUGAACAAAAAUUAAGGCUGAGCAUCCGUUCAGUGGGAGUUAAUGAUUCUGGAGCGUUCACGUGCCAAGCCACCAAUGCUUUUGGAACAUCUAAUGUCACACUAACCUUGAAUGUAAUAGGUAAAGGAUAUGUCAAUUUAUCGACUUCAACAAAUACAACACUCUACGUCAACGACGGGGAAAAUCUGGGCUUGGUAGUAACGUAUGAGGCGUAUCCGAAACCAGAAGAGGAACUGUGGCUAUACAUGAAUAAAACACUGCAGAAUUCAUCUGAUCAUUAUGUGAGAGUCACAAAUAUAGACAAAAACAGCUAUUCCAGCGAGCUUCACCUUACACGGCUAAAGGAAACGGAAGGAGGCGUUUAUACGUUUUUCGUCUCCAACUCAGACGCCAACGCCUCUGUCACGUUCAACAUCUACGUAAACA